AGGAACUCCUGGAUUCGCUAGUAGAAGAGAGCAACCCGAGUGAGUGGCCAUCUGAGCUGAGAACCCCCGAGGGAUAGCAGGCAGUUUGCGCCUGCCUUUGAGAGCCCUUUCCAGCCAAGCCUCCUAGCAGGUGGCCAUGACCUCACUGCCCCCUGGAACCGCUGGGGAUCCUGAUUUGUUUUCAGGGCUGCCCUCAGCCGGUUCCACUCCAGCCAACCAGAGCGCAGAGAUCUCUGAGGGAAACGGGUCGGCCACCGUUCCCCAAGCUGCAGCAGUCAUGCCCUUCCAGAGCCUGCAGUUGGUGCACCAGCUGAAGGGGCUGAUCGUGAUGCUGUACAGCAUUGUGGUGGUCGUGGGGUUGGUGGGCAAUUGCCUGCUUGUACUGGUGAUCGCGCGCGUGCGCAAGCUGCACAACGUGACCAAUUUCCUCAUCGGCAACCUGGCUUUGUCCGACGUGCUCAUGUGCGCCGCCUGCGUGCCGCUCACGCUGGCCUAUGCCUUUGAGCCUCGCGGCUGGGUGUUCGGUGGAGGCCUGUGCCACUUGGUUUUCUUCCUGCAGCCAGUCACUGUCUACGUAUCGGUGUUCACACUCACCACAAUUGCCUUGGACCGCUAUGUCGUUCUGGUGCACCCGCUACGUCGGCGCAUCUCACUGAGGCUCAGCGCCUACGCAGUACUGGGCAUCUGGGCGCUAUCCGCGGUGCUGGCGCUGCCGGCCGCGGUGCACACCUACCACGUAGAGCUUAAGCCCCACGACGUCCGCCUCUGCGAGGAGUUCUGGGGCUCGCAGGAGCGGCAGCGGCAGCUCUAUGCCUGGGGGCUGCUGUUGGGCACCUAUUUGCUCCCCCUGCUGGCCAUUCUCCUGUCCUACGCCCGAGUGUCGGUGAAGCUGCGGAACCGCGUGGUGCCUGGAAGCGUGACCCAGAGCCAAGCUGACUGGGACCGAGCGCGUCGCCGCCGCACCUUCUGCCUGCUGGUGGUGGUAGUGGUGGUGUUCGCCGUCUGCUGGCUACCGCUGCACAUCUUCAACCUGCUUCGGGACCUGGACCCGCAUGCCAUCGACCCCUAUGCUUUCGGGCUGGUGCAGCUUCUCUGCCACUGGCUGGCCAUGAGCUCCGCCUGCUACAACCCCUUCAUCUAUGCCUGGCUGCACGACAGCUUCAGAGAGGAGCUGCGCAAAAUGCUGCUCUCCUGGCCUCGAAAGAUUGUGCCCCAUGGCCAGAGCAUGACUGUCAGUGUGGUCAUCUGAUGUCACCGUGCCAGACCUGAGCUGGAGAGCUUCAUUUCAUAUCCCUUAGUCCCACAUGAGACCUAAUUCCCAGCACCAGAGUUAAGCCAACACAGUGAGAAAUUCCCACCCAGUCCUCUUGUCUAUCUGUCUGGUUUUUGUGUUUCUGUAAAAUGUUAGGUGGUCUUUGGAGUAGAAGAGCCUGGGGAGAAAGAGGCAGAUUUAUCAGUUCUUCCUCUGACCCCUGAAAGCAAAACACAGCUAUUUCUCUGGGUCAGAAAAAUAAUUCAGAAGCAAGUUUUUCUUUUUUUUUCUUCCACACUUACACUGUGGGUGGGAUUUAACUGUGGUGCUGGGGUUGGUGAAGAUUUUCAGCUUAUCUUUUUAAAAGACCCCAGCUGAGAUAUAGUAACUCAUUGUUUUGUCAACCUGAGCUUUGGAGUCUCUAUUAUUUCAGAUAAAUAUGUAUCCCAAAUACAUAUUCAACAUUUCCUGAAUAAGACCUUUAUGCUCCAAAAAUAUUUUCAUUUUAAAACCAUUUGAAUUUGUAGUACAAAUCCAGUUUCAAGUACCUUUCAGGAGGUGUCGCUUUUGUCUCCUUCUAACUCCUCAGCUACUAUUGAAAGGAUGAAGGAAGCAGUCAGCUGGUAGAGAAUUCAGUUAUCCUCGAGUUCAGUUGCUGCAACACAGGGUAUGACAGUACAUUCCUGCAAGCCCAGAACUCAGGCGAUGGAGGAAGAAGGGUCAGGAGUUCAUGGUCAUCCUGGGCUACACAGUGAAUUUGAAGCCAGCCUGGGAUACAUAAGAGGAAUUAAUCACUGAAGGGAUAGGCAAAGGGGGAAAGAUGUGAUUCCCUUAAGGACACGUGUACCUGUCCAUGAGGAUAGACAUUGUGUGUGUGUGUGUGUGUGUGUGUGUGUGUGUGUGUGUGUGUGUGUGCAGUGUUUACCACAAGACGGAAGCUCAAAUGUUUGGCUUUGUGAAUGUUCAAUGUAAGCUGUGUGGCACAGCAUUCUCCUGCAGCCUCUAAUUGCUGAAUUUCAACAGAUCAACAGCUGCCAUCUGACUGCUCAGCACCUGCUCCCUGGAGACUCUUGCAACAUAUCAGCCCAGAAGCCAAGGGCUGGAAAAAGAUUACUUAAGGAUAGCACAGAAAAAUAAGCUUCCAUCCACAAGAUGCAUAGUCCAAAUGCUGAUCCCUUUCAGGGUUGUGGGAACAGAUGAAAAUUGUUGAGCAUGAACCUGGGCUGGUGAUCAGCACAUUAACCUCCCAAGACUUCUGUUAAAGAGGAAUGUGCCUGGGAUAAGGGCCUCAAUAAUGAAUGCUGAAAAGUCACUGGGGUAGUGAGAGAAGGAACUUUUGGAAAGGAUACAUAGAAUCCUGCUAUUAACCCAGGCCCUGUGAAAUGUAUGGUAGGAAUUAGUGUCUGUAGAAAAAUCUGUGGUGUUGUAGUGUUUCUCCAGCUAGGUUUCCCCUUCUAUUACUUUUGGAAAGAGACUAGCUCAUUUAUCAGAGUGCUGUACAAGAGGAGAAGUGCUACUAAAAUGACAAGGUUUAAAUGACUAGGCUCACAUCUACAGCAAGAAUAUUUGCUAUUGGGCUAGGCAGUUCUAGAAGUCUUAAGUAGCUCCUGGAUUACAUUCCAUAGACUGGGCAAGUGAUGUUAGGAGAAAAGUUGAAGCAGGUUAAGAUGGGAGAUGGUAAGUACCUCUGGCAGUAACACCUGACUGAUUUUGAGCUUUAUCUAGAGACUAGAGCAUGGAUAACCUAUUUGCCAAUGAUGCAGCUCAUCUCCACACAUAAUAUUACAAACGAUUGUAUUUGUUAGGCAUCCCAGAGAUGGGCUUUUGUGCUUCCUGUUGAGGCUCAAAGCCAGAGCAUGCUUUUGAUGGGCACUUGUGGAGAGAACAGGAAAUGGGGGAAGAAGUGGGAUUAGUUAGGGAGAGGUGUAGUUGAUUUUGUUCUUUUUGUUGACAUUGCUGGUUCUCAGCCAUGGCUGCUCUUAGAAUCCCCCAGGGAUUUUAGAAGUCCAGACCAAACUAAACAAAAUACAUUGAUGCCUAAUCCCUGUCAACAUCCCUCUCCCCGAAAUCUGAUUGACUUGAGAUGGGGCCUGAGAGUCUGCAUUUUUCAAAAACACCUCUGGGGACUUUAAUGUGCAGCCUAAGUACAGUACCUUAAGGAUGGCCAUUUUCUAGUGCUGCUCAGAAAUGCCUUUGUGAGUCUUCAUUUGUACCUACUGAAAUUGUUAAGAAUCUGGACUUGAAUUUGACAGUGAGUUAUACACCACAGCUGAGGAAUACUCUAUCAGUCCUCAACAAUUAGAAUAUUUGGGCAUUCAUUCAGCAGUUUCUUCAAUCGGUUCCUAUGUAGUUGAACUGUAUUAUAAAGUUACCCAUCAUGAACUAUUCUAAGACUUUAUUGUCAAGGUAUUAAAAAAUACAAAAUGUUCCCUGAUUAGUUUAAGGCCACACCAACUGUGGGAAGAAAGUGUCCCUCUUAACCUAGAUAGAUUGCCACCAGUUUGUCAUGCAGUGACUUAAGUUAAAAAUUUAAACAUUUGUAUAGGUUUUCUGGGGAACCUAAAGAGGGUGGUGAAUUAGGAUGUGCUUAUAAGUAUCUUUGCAAGUUGUGAAACUGCCAGCUGAACAACAACAAAUUAAUUGCUACCCAAUGUGAUAUCUAUUUAGAAGUAGUUUGCCAAACUGACUUGCAAAAUCAUCUCUUAGAGAUGGGUUUCAGGGAAAUAUGCAUAGGCUUAUACGUAGAAAUUGAAUUUCAUAAUUCGUUUUUGGUUAGCAUCAAGUGCCUAAGGCAAGUAAGCAGGUCUGCUUCUGCAGGAAGUGAGUCAAGAACAAAGCUGGGAACUGAGCCAGCUUGGAACUCGGCAGCAGCCAUCCUUCCCAAUCCUUUUUGCAAGCAUUGUCAGCAGGCCUCACUUCUGGAAUGUGAUCAAUAGAUUUAUCUUACCAAAUCGACAGAGGAGUAUUUCAAUAUGUGUUGGCAAUAGGGACCCAGGAGCAGCAGCCAUAGGAGACAGAGAAGUAACAAUAUUCCAAUUGAUGUAGCCUUUUCGAGCUUCUGCCCUGAUGGAUGUUCAGGCUGAUCUUUUUACAGGGCAGCUCAUUUCAGGUUUAUUUUCUCUGUGAACUAAUCAACCACCUUUGGUUUGUAUUCCUGAACAUCCAUCCAGGAGUGUUUUAGAUGCAAGGCCAGGAACUGGCCCCAAGGGCACCCAGGUAUGAACAUAACUUGAUGGGGAAGGACACAAUGUUCAUCCCUCACAGAGAAAGGUUAGGAGUUCCUGUGUUUCCCAAGGCAUGUCUGUAAUGGAUUUAUGACCACACAUUGAUUUCUUUACUAUAAUGUGUAAGAUGUCUUUGUUGCUGAGUCAGUGUGGAGGUUUCUCAGGCUGGGGCUUGUAGUGUGUUUGACAUAAUAAAUAUUACAUUGGUUGCACAGUAUCCAGCUGUGGGAUUAAUGCAUCUAUCUAGAGUCACUCCUAGAAAAAACUUAGUGCCCAACCUAGAUUUCAUCAGCUUUACUAAUUCUAGAGAUGAGCUGUUCAUGCUGGCUUUUCUGUGACCCUCUGCCCCCAAUUUGCAUGACGCUAGCAUUUUAGCCUAUGGUACUAAGGUCUUCCCAAGGGCAGGAGCCUAAAUCCUCAAGUCCAUCAAAAUAAAAGUAAAGUGAAGUAAUUCAUGCUGAGUUUCUAUGCUGUCAUGAAAGUAGAUAAAUAUCUAAUGUUCAGCAUUUUAUCAACAUUUCCCACAUAUAGCUUGGAAAAUUCUAAAACCAUGCAAUACAUGGACCAAUAAAUAAGAUGCAGAACAUUUUAAAACAUUAAUGACAGAGUCAUAAGCUAUUUUUUGCUGAAUAUAGAUCACUUUAAAAUGGAUUUAUGGAUGGCUAGUAGUUG